CAAUCAGAGAGAAGAAGCGGAUCUUCUUACAGGUCGGUGUGAGACGAGGUUAGAUUGUGCCCAAUAUUAUCCUGCACGUCGUCUAACGUUGCAAUGUUCGAGCGGAGAAUAGGUCUGGAGCGUGGAAAUGUUAUGUUACACUGACCACAACAGCGUCAAACGAAGGUGACACUUCAUGGAGACUCUUCAUAUUCGCAGGUUUGCUGCGCUUCAAUUAGGGACAAAGCGUAUCAAGGAGUCCAAACAGGUACCACGCGAGGUAUUACCGGACGGACUGGAUCACAUUGGAUUGUGGACUACUCUGCGUGGAGAUGGACUGUAACUUAGGUGGCGUUCUGAGGCGGUUUGUGUUUGCAGGAGCAUUUUAUCCAGUUCAGUUUAGCCUCCAGUUGUGCUGCACACUUGGUCAUGUCUGUGUUCAACACGUUGCCUGAGAGCGAGCAUGGAACAGCUCACUGGUUCACUCCAUGGAUAAUUGAAGAUGACACCUCUUAGACAAACCUGCCCCAUCUCCUCCCUGUUUCCUCACCCUGUCCCCAGAGUUCAAAGACCUUUAUCAGCAGAUUGAUCUGUCCUGAGCACUCACCCAGCCCUCGCUGUUUGGCCGUCAACCAGGGGAGGCGAUGCGACGGUUCAUCUACUGCAAGGUGGUGUUGACCACCUCUUUAGUGUGGGUACUAGUGGACGUGUUCUUGCUGCUGUACUUCAGCGAGUGUAACAAAUGUGAUGAGAGGAAGGACCGCUCGCUGCUCCCUGCCCUCCGAGCAGUGAUAUCUCGGAGCCAUGAGGGUCCGGGGGAGAUGGGCAAGGCAGUUAACAUCCCCAAGGAUGACCAGGAGAAAAUGAAAGAGCUCUUUAAGAUAAACCAGUUCAAUCUGAUGGCCAGUGACAUUAUUGCUCUCAACAGAAGCCUGCCAGACGUGAGGUUGGACGGCUGUAAGACCAAGGUGUACCCAGAUGACCUGCCCAACACCAGCAUUGUCAUUGUGUUUCACAACGAGGCGUGGAGCACCCUGCUGCGGACUGUUCACAGUGUCAUCAACCGCUCUCCCAGAUACCUGCUGAUGGAGAUCGUGCUAGUCGAUGAUGCCAGCGAGCGAGACUUCCUGAAGAAGAAGCUGGAGGACUAUGUGCAGACUCUGGAAGUACCGGUGAGAAUCCUGAGGAUGGAGCAGCGUUCGGGUCUAAUCAGAGCCAGGUUGAGAGGGGCAGCUGCCACCAAAGGUCAGGUCAUCACCUUCCUUGACGCUCACUGCGAGUGUACCAUUGGCUGGCUGGAGCCCCUGCUGGCACGCAUCAAAGAGGACAGGACAGCAGUUGUGUGUCCAAUCAUCGAUGUCAUCAGCGACGAGACGUUCGAGUACAUGGCAGGCUCAGACAUGACCUAUGGUGGGUUCAACUGGAAGCUGAAUUUUCGCUGGUACCCUGUUCCCCAGCGCGAGAUGGAUCGCCGCAAAGGAGACAGAACGCUUCCAGUCAGGACUCCCACCAUGGCAGGAGGGUUAUUCUCUAUAGACAAAACAUACUUUGAAGAAAUAGGAAGCUAUGAUCCAGGGAUGGAUAUCUGGGGUGGGGAGAAUCUGGAAAUGUCUUUCAGAGUCUGGCAGUGUGGUGGCUCUUUGGAAAUUGUAACGUGUUCCCACGUGGGCCAUGUUUUUCGGAAGGCCACCCCAUACAGCUUUCCUGGAGGAACAGGCCAGGUCAUCAACAAGAACAACAGGCGCCUGGCCGAAGUCUGGAUGGAUGAGUUCAAAGACUUCUUCUAUAUCAUAUCACCAGGUGUGAUGCGGGUGGACUACGGAGAUGUUUCUUCCCGUAAAGCCCUCCGUGAAGCCUUGAAGUGCAAACCAUUUACUUGGUAUUUGGAGAAUAUCUACCCAGACUCCCAGAUCCCAAGAAGAUACUACUCACUUGGUGAAAUCAGAAAUGUUGAAACCAACCAGUGUGUGGACAACAUGGGAAGAAAGGAGAAUGAGAAAGUUGGCUUUUUCAACUGUCACGGCAUGGGCGGGAACCAGGUGUUCUCGUACACAGCAGAUAAAGAAAUUAGGACAGACGACCUCUGCCUGGACGUCUCCCGCCUCAACGGGCCUGUCGUCAUGCUCAAGUGUCACCACAUGAAGGGCAAUCAGAUGUUCGAGUAUGAUGCAGAGCGACUCACACUGCUGCAUGUGAACAGCAACCAGUGCUUGGACAUGCCGUCUGAGGAGGACAAGAUGGUCCCCAUCCUGAGAGACUGCAACGGCAGCCGUUCUCAGCAGUGGCUGCUCCGUAACAUGACCCUGAGCGUCUGAUCCCUCACAUCACUACUCAUCUGACUACUUUGUCCUCAUCUGAACCAGCCCUAUCUUCCAUUAUGGAGGCUUCCUCCUCUUACAGCUUUGCUACAGGUCUGAGAGAAGCCUGUGCCUGCCGUUUAGGUAAUAUGACCAGCUGUAGCUUUGAGGACCUUGUCAUGUCCAAGCAAGGGAGAGCGAUGUGUGAGGCCUGUGCAUGGAGGAAUACUGAUGUCGAAGCACUCGCACCGUGUCAGGCGCCUGUUAGCUGUGCAUUCACUGUGCUGUUCGGACUGCUGCUUAGCCGCUGGACAAACAAUUAAACAGAAGAGCAUCAACAAUAAUGUUGUAAUGUCUGUGAUGGUUGGCUCUGUAAUGAUUGUCUUUAUCCAUGUAGUACAUAGGUGUCUACUGUAGGUACAAUCUGAACACAAGACUGUUAUGACAGUUUGCUGCUCAUCCUACUUUCAUAUCAGCAUCUGAGUUUCAUUUAUACAAGAGGAAAGUGACAUUAAUAGAGACUAGAUACCAACCAUUAUAUUUGAAAGUUAAAAGAAAAUAACCAUACUGUCUAUAUACUGGUACCUGUUUUAAAGUUGGGCUGAAAUUCCAAAAGGUUCUCAUCACCUUUGGUGUAAGGAUACUGCAGCUAAGUUUUACUGUUUCUUAUUGCACUUGAAAAACUUAAGUGAACAAGUCAGGCUAACAAAUUUCCAUCCAAUCAGAAAGUGUAAGCUACUUAACUUAGCUUGUUACUGUUGGCACCGAUUCCCACUAGAUGUUCUGUCUGUUCAUGUGAUUUGAGUCAUAGCUCUGAAAUGCAUUCGGAAUAACAUAACAAUUAAUAUGCAUAUACUGUAUAAAGACAAAUGGAUGAUAUGACAGCUCCCAAACGUGAAGUCACUGCAAGUUAAUCACCCCCCCCCCGGUGGGUGGUUGCAGUAUAGGUCAUAAACCCUGCCCCUUCCAUGUUAGCAGAUGGGGCAUGAGCCAAAUCAGGUUUUUUCUUUUUUUUCUUGAAGGUGAUUUCUGCUUUAUUUUAUCUUUAAAUAAGUUGUUUGAUAAAAUCAUAAGUGGUGUAUUUCUGAUUUGAUUUGUGACCUGAUACCACGGCUACACCUCUGGUUGCUAUGGUACAGAAUGUCACAAAAGCAAGAAGGCCUCCCGCUGGCUCAGUAUUUGAAGCCAUCAUCUACAGAAAAUGAACACAAAACAAGUGCAGCUACAUCAUUCACAAUGUUAAACAAAAACAAUUUGAGUAUUCGCAAUGUUCCAUGUUAGUGAAUCAGGAAAUCCACUGCGUACGGGACCGAUUCAGCUUAGUUCAGUGCAGGACGUAUGUAGAGAGGUUUAUUCUAACAGGCUGUUUGAAGAAAUGAAAAAGUGUCUGUGGGACAGGAAGUAGCAAAUCAACAAGACUCUAUGUAGAUGCGAUAAGUUUUGAGUUUUCCCUAAAUGUUAACAACUGUUUACUGAAUUAAUCCAGCUGCACUGUGUUAUCACAGCUAUCGGAGGGUAUCAAUAUUAAAACCACAUAUCACUUACAGGAAGACUUUGCACAGUUCUUCUUAGUAUUCUGGGAAAUCAUGAUGUCUGGGAGCUAAACAGCUGGAUGUGCCUUUAGAAGGUUAUUCAGUUUAUUAGUUUUUAGGUUGAGUUGCUUUACUGUUGAAAAAACAAUAUUAAGUCUGUUUUCAUUUGAGUUAAAAUGAUGUCACAUCUCAAGAAUUUAUCGGCAUCAUAUUAAUGCUUGAUCACACAUUUAGUUAUCCAUUAAUUAAUAGUUGAGCAGGUCAGUGUUCAGUACAUCAGCCACUCACCCAUCACCCAAACAAAUGACAGGUACUUUUUCACUACAUCACUGUGUUUUCAGGCAACAAAUGUUAUUGCACAUAAUGCUGUUAACAUGUUUCUCUCACUACUAUCGUUGUACAUACAGAAUCAAUUAUUUUUCUAAGAUGCUCUAAAACUUUAACACUCCUCAGAGAAAUAAGGCAUUGAAUGGUAAAAAGAUCACGAAGUAUUGCAGCAUUUUAUUUGGAAUCAAGGUGAUAAAACCAGUGUUUGCUUUAGGUUUUGAAAUUGCAGUGUGUUUUGGAAAUCGUUAGUCCUCUGAAGCCAAUUCUCACACUACCUAAAGGACCUUAGGCUAGCUUACAUGAGGGGGGCAACUAAUGAUGCUUGAACACCGAAUACUUGCCAAGUGCCUACUUGGAAUUCAGACUAAAAUUCAAUCAUCUCUUUCAUUUUGCACACACAUUUAUUGUUUUUCAUUAUCUUAAAGUGCAUGGUGUUAAAAUAGGAAUGUAAUGUUUCAAUGUACUGGUUGCAAAGUGAUGUUGCCUGUUUGUACAUUUUGUAGAAACAAGAAUAAAACCGACUGAACAAAGAA